UUAUAUUCACCAGUGGUUAAUUUAAAAUUAAUUCACCAGUGGUGAAUUUCACUUCAAUUUUUAUAAAUUUUUAUUAAAAUACCAAAUUUUAGUAAUUUAAUGGUGAAUUUCACCUUGAUUUACAUGUAUUACAUAAAUGUGUUACAUUAAAUUUUUAAAAUUUUAUGGUGAAAUUCACCUUCGGUGAAUUUUACCCUAAUUUACAUAAUGUAUAAACAAACUUUUAGCCUUAGAACGCCAUUUUUCUUUUUUUGUUUUUAUAAUUUUCUUUAAAGAAUAUAAACAAUAUGGAGGAUUCUAAUGAUUAUAAUAAAGAUAUAUAUAAGACAAAUGCAUUUUUUUCGCCAUAUUCUGAAACUUUAGACUUUUUAUUAUCACCAUUUAAUGAUAAUUUUGCUAUAAAUUUUUUACCAGUUGUUGAACCAGAUUUUAAUCAUAAUUUUACAAACAUAGAUAGUUUUUCUCUUAAAACACCUUCUAAACCAUCUAUUAACCAUUCUUUAGAGUUACUUUCUGAGCCUUCUUUAGAGUUAUCUCCUGAACCUUCUUCUGAACUUUCUUCUGAACCUUCUUGUGAAACUCCUUUUGAACUACCUUUUGAAGAACAUUUUGAAUCAUUAUCUGAACAGAUUUAUCAGUAUAAUCUUACUGUAGGAGAUUAUUUUGAUGAUUGGCAAUCAGUUGAUACAUUUAUGCAUCAAUAUUGUUUAGAAAGAGGUUUGGAUAUCAAGUUUAUCGAAAUGAUAAAGAUCCAAAUGAUUUUACUAUUAUACGACGUAAAUCAUUUCGUUGUUCUUCAAAUGGAAAAUAUGAAUCCAGAAAAGUAAUAGAUCAGAAAUUGCAUCGUUUACGUGGUACUAUAAAGACAAAUUGUGAGUGGCACUGCAACUUCUCAUUUCCAA